AGCACCAACAAGAUAACGAGAUAAACCUCAAAACAAAACAAAACCACCAUUUCCAGUUACUUCUUCAUUCAAUCCUCAAUUCUUCAUAACAAACAAUGGCUUCUCUACUCUCACAACUCAAUUUCCUUUCUCUAACUCACAACAACACUCACACAAACUUUACCUUAAAACCCAAAACAACAACACCUUCUUCUCUUGUCGUUACGACACGUCGUUUUAGAAAACACUUUGUUGUUUCUUCUGAACAAGCCACGGUUGAUUCUCCUGCUCUUAGAAAACUCUACGUUGGUAACAUUCCUCGUACUGUUAGUAAUGAUGAACUUGAGAAAAUUGUUCAAGAACAUGGUGCUGUUGAAAAAGCUGAGGUUAUGUAUGAUAAAUACUCUAAAAGGAGCCGUCGUUUUGCAUUUGUUACAAUGAAAACCGUUGAGGAUGCAAACGCAGCAGCUGAGAAACUCAAUGGCACUGAAAUUGGAGGGCGUGAGAUUAAAGUGAAUAUAACUGAAAAACCUUUAACAACGGAAGGUUUGCCAGUCCAGGCCGGGGAAUCCACAUUUGUUGACAGUCCUUACAAGGUAUAUGUGGGAAAUCUGGCUAAGAAUGUAACAUCCGAUAGCCUUAAAAAAUUCUUCUCGGAAAAAGGAAAUGCUCUUAGUGCCAAGGUUUCACGGGCUCCUGGGACCUCAAAAUCCAGCGGUUUUGGCUUUGUUACUUUUUCAUCAGAUGAGGAUGUAGAAGCUGCUAUCUCAUCUUUCAACAAUGCUUUGUUAGAAGGGCAGAAAAUACGUGUGAAUAAGGCGUAGAAAAUUAUCAAUGUAGCAGAUCAUGUUUCUCAGCUGAUAGAGUUCCAAGGAGAUUCAUGAGUAAAAUAGUGUUUAGUGCAGCUCAAUUCUCCUUGUUGUCCAGAAUGAUUUUGAGACCUUGUUACUUUCUUCACAUUUAUAUUACAUUUUUCUUUUGGUUCUAAUUAUAUUGCAUAUUUUUUACAUGCUACAUUGUGUCUAUUGUUGUUAACAUAUUUAUGUAUUUGAUUCCAUUUUUUUUUUUU